AUGGCGGCUGCGGCGAUGACCACUGAGCUCGAGGUGCCAGAGCCGAUGCCGAGCUACGCGCAGAUGUUGCAGCGAAGCUGGGCCUCGGCGCUGGCAGCGGCACGGGGCUGCGGGGACUGCGGCUGGGGAUUGGCACGCCGCGGCCUGGCGGAGCACGCGCACCUGGCUGCGCCCGAGCUGCUGCUGGCCGCGCUGUGCGCUCUGGGCUGGACCGCUCUGCGCUCGGUGGCCACCGCGCGCCUCUUUCGGCCCCUGGCCAAGCGGUGUCGUCUGCAGCCCAGAGAUGCUGCCAGGUUACCAGAGAGCGCCUGGAAGCUUCUGUUCUACUUGGGCUGUUGGAGCUAUUGUGCCUACCUGCUCCUGGGUACCCGUUACCCUUUCUUCCAUGACCCGCCCUCCGUCUUCUAUGAGUGGAGGUCGGGCAUGGCGGUGCCCUGGGACAUAGCCACCGCCUACUUGCUGCAGGGCAGCUUCUACUGCCAUUCCAUCUAUGCCACCGUGUACAUGGACACCUGGCGCAAGGACUCUGCAGUCAUGCUGGUGCAUCACGUGGUCACCCUGCUCCUCAUCGCCUCUUCCUACGCCUUCCGGUACCACAAUGUAGGCCUCCUCGUGUUCUUCCUGCACGAUGUUAGCGAUGUGCAACUGGAGUUCACCAAGCUCAACAUCUACUUCAAGGCCAGGGGCGGCGUCUACCACCGUUUGCACGGGCUGGUGGCCAACCUGGGCUGCCUCAGCUUCUGCUUCUGCUGGUUCUGGUUCCGCCUCUACUGGUUCCCGCUGAAGGUUCUGUAUGCCACCUGCCACUCCAGCCUGCGGUCGGUGCCCGACAUUCCGUACUAUUUCUUCUUCAACACACUCUUGCUGCUCCUCACUGUCAUGAACAUCUACUGGUUCCUGUACAUCCUGGCUUUCGCUGCCAAGGUGCUAACUGGCCAGAUGCGCGAACUGGAGGACUUGAGGGAGUACGACACUUUGGAAGCUCAGACCACCAAGCCCUGCAAAGCUGAGAAGCCGCUGAGGAAUGGCCUGGUGAAGGACAAGCUCUUCUGAGUCCCUGUCCUCAACUCGGCC